CCGAGAUACUUAUGAAUCGUUUCCUAUAUGAGAUGAAGAAUGGAUUCAUUGCGUACAUCUUUGGAUUCUUGACCUCUUUUUUUCUCGGGUUCUCCUCUGCUCCUUUCCUCCUUUUCCUUGCUUCCCUUGCUAUCAUUCAUACAUAUUCUGCAACACCUUUUUUUCAUUUUUUUUCUGUGAACCGUCAAUCAUUAUGUCAACAGGGUAUCCGACCGAUCUCAUCUUGGGGAUUCAAGGGCACCAGGAUACUGUUCACACCAUCAGCACGAUCACAAACCUCGUGUCCAUCAUAUGCACCUCGAUGGUAUUGCUUUUUUUGAUCGCAGCCCAAAUGUUGAACGGUCAACUCGUCAAGCCAAUGACGGUGCGUUUAACGAUCGCUAUUGCCUGCACUCUGUGGGCAUUGUCAUUCGUCCGUCUUUUGUAUCCUACCGUAUCCCACGAUGCUAUCUCGUGCCAAAAGAUCAUGAUCACAAUCAUUUGGUUCAAUAACCAAUACGUCUUCUUUUCCAUGGCGUUAGAGAUGUCUAUUUUUUGCAACCUUUUUUCAAAAGAAGCGCUGAGCUCCAGCAUCGAGAAAUGGUUUUACAUGACGCCAGUCCUUUUGGCUUUUCUUACUGCAUUAUUCACUGCGAUGUUUGAAGUGGUGGGGUACAAUCAGGAUCGCGAAGCUUGUUGGUAUAAUGUGUCGGCGACGACAUGGGAAUAUGCGACACUGAUAGCACCUCAAAUGCUUGGUGUCGUCAGUACUUUCCUCGGCGCCUUUUUUCUAAUGAUAUUGAAAGUUUGCCGUCGUCAUCAAGCCAAACUGUAUGAUGAUGGCCACGAACACUACUUUGUGAAAACUGCCACUCUUUUACAUCUUUUUGCGCCAAUGCUAGCCCAAACAGGUUUUAUUGUUUCAGAAAUCUAUAUGCAACAGAAUUUCCGUAUCAGUUACUGGUUAACGAUAUGGGCUUCCUUGACAACCGGGUUGGUAGGCGUCUUUCAUUUUUGCGGCUUUCUCACGGAUCCUGUGGUUUGGGACGUCCUGGCUGACAUGAGAAGGGACAUUCUCCAUCAGGAUGG